AUGACCAAUACCGUAAAAAUUCCGAAAACACGAACCCCUCGUAUUGAUCCACAAGGGUCCUGUACUGUGUCAAAAACAAUUAGCAGUCCGGACUUAAAAUUACCCAAACUUUGGGGAAACUUCAAGAGCAAGGAACACCUCGAGGCUUGCAGCACUAAAAUAACUUCAAAGGAAGGCGCUAUAGCGUCCGAAUCGAAUUUGCCAAAUAGACAACAAGACGCACUGCAUAUCAAAAGAAAAUCUGGACAAGGAGACGAGAGAGUUCCAGGUGCAUCAGGUGUUUAUGGUGCUGUAAAUAUGAAUGAAGGACAUUUAAAAACGCUUUCCAAACAUCUGAAGAGAUGCGAAAAGCCGGGUCGAGGUGACGUUAUACCGAAGGAAAAGAAGUGUAUUCUAAUUGUAUCUUGGUCAGGUUCUCCCUCCAUUGCGUGUCUGAACGAGCCCGUUACGAAAAAAAUACACGCAAUACACAAUAAGACCCGUAAAAGCGCAAGAAUAUUUCUGGACUCCAGGAGGAGGCUUCAAGAGAUACAGAAGAAGCCGAUCCUUACCAAAGUGGAGUUGAAAGAAAUGAACGAACAGAACGAAUUGUUGCUACACGAAAUGGACAAAAUCGAUCAAUACACUAAAAUGUUGAAGAGUCUAAGCGUUCAACUAACUGAGUUUAAUAAAAGGAAAGUGGGUGAUGAUCCACUUUGCUCUGUAUCAGAUUCUGAUUUGGACGAGUGCGCGGGAGUGUCAAAACGUUCCAUGUUUAAAUGUGAUGAAUACCGAGCUAUGGACUUGCAGUCGCAAAAGCCGUGUAUCGAUAACUUAAAAGGCAAUGAACUUAACCUCACUCGGAAGUUAAAUGAAAGUUACGAUAUGCAAGAGAAACUCGUGGCCGACAAUGUGGAUUUAGACAAUAGGAGAUUGGUUCUAACGAAGGAGCUGCUCAGCAAAGACAACCACUUGGAACAAUGUCGGGCCCAAUUGCAACGGACGCAGGGGAAAAUCAAGCUGUUGGAGAAGGAAAAUUCAGCACUACAAGACAAGCUCACGAAAAACCAUCCACAAGGCGAUGCCACUCCAGUAAGAGAAGAUACCUCAGUCCAGAGUUCUUGUGAUGUCAGGAAAAUAGAAGUCGAUAAGCUGUUUGGCGAAAUAGAAGACGUUCGCUCCGUAAUGGCCAGCAUCAAGGACCAAGGGAGUGCAUGUCGCGGUGGGGGUGGCGUCAACACGUGCUUUGCACAGCCUGCCGACGGUCCCCCCGUACCACCAAUGACCAAAGCGACGCCCGCCGAGAGGGAGGUGCAAAAGUUGACGAUACAACUCCGUCAAACCGAAGAAAAUUUCAAAAAGAAAGUUGUAGAGUGCGCCAUGCUUCGAGCGGACGUGCUAAGGAAGAAGGAAGAAUUGGAGAAGGAGAGAUGCCAACAUCGCGAGGUGCAGAACAAGCUUCGCGAGUUGGAGAUGAAGUUCGAGGGGUUGACGACUACCACGAACAUGGCGCUGGGCAGCAAAGAGCAAGCGUUCGAACAAGAGGUGAACGUGCGGGCGCUGAAGCAGUGCUACAGGGAGGCCAGGGAGGAAAUCGACGAGCUGAGGGUACUCAUGAAGGAGCAGAAUGAUCAGUUGCAAGACUACAGGACCAAGUAUCUACAAGUCCAACAAUUGGUUGAAGAGCAACGCCGCCAGAUGGAUGUGAUGGAUAUGGACAAUACAAGAAUAAGCGAGCAAAUCAAUCUGGAAAUACAAAAAGUUAAGUUGAAGUUCCAAGAAAAACUACAAGAAUUAGCUCCAAUACCGGACUUAUUAAAAGCGACACAAAUGAAACUGAAGGAUGCUCAACAGUCGCAGGCGAUUGCCGAACAUAACGCUGAACAACUUGCACGUGAACUCAACUGCGCCAGAGAAAAGGUUCACGUACUACUGCACAACAGUCUAAAACCACCAGAGAAGCCUACUGAACGAAGCGGAGACGAGAAACAGAUAGCUCUCUUGCAACAGAGAAUCACUCAGCUAACCGAAUCUAACAUAACAUUGAAGAGUGAGAUCGAAAGACUCAAGGCAAAUGUAAUACGCAUGGAAGAAGGCGUCCUAGCGAAUGAGAAGCGGCUGCAAGAGAAAAUGCACGAGUGUGCUCAGAUAGGCGGCGAACUCGACAGGGCUAGGGACGAGGCAGCCAGGGCCUUACAGAGGGCCAACGAACGAACCGAAACAAUACGAAAGUGUAUGCAAACAACUGUGGCUGAGCUAGAACGGCAACUCGCGUCGACCCGAGCUCAAGUUAAAGUUGCCGAAAAGGAGCGAGAAGAGAUACAAUCGCGAAUGACGUGUCAAAUCAAACGCUUGAACGAGAACUUCGAGCAGGCUCAGUUACGUAUCCUUGGACUGCAGACCCAAGUCCAAACUUUAAGAAGAACAGCAUCUAGCACUGGUGAAGGGGAAGGGGACACCGAUGCGCAGCAGUGUCUCUGUGCCACCUUCUUUGACAACCCAUAA